AUGGCCGAUUCUCUCACCGAAGAGCAAGUUUCCGAGUAUAAGGAGGCAUUCUCCCUCUUUGCUGACGGGUUAUCUUGUGAUCGACAGGACAAGGAUGGCGAUGGAGAAAUCACCACCAAGGAGCUUGGCACCGUCAUGCGCUCCCUCGGCCAGAACCCCUCCGAGUCUGAGCUGCAGGAUAUGAUCAACGAGGUCGAUGCCGACAACAACGGUACCAUUGAUUUCCCCGAGUUCCUCACCAUGAUGGCCCGUAAGAUGAAGGACACCGACUCCGAGGAGGAGAUCCGUGAGGCCUUCAAGGUCUUUGACCGCGAUAACAACGGUUUCAUCUCCGCCGCUGAGCUGCGUCACGUCAUGACCUCCAUCGGCGAGAAGCUGAGCGACGAUGAGGUUGACGAGAUGAUCCGCGAGGCCGACCAAGACGGCGAUGGACGUAUCGACUACAACGAGUUCGUCCAGCUCAUGAUGCAAAAAUAA